UUCAGCAAGAAAGGACAUGCUUCGGAAUUUUAUUCCAUCGUACAGUUCAACGACAAGAAGAUUGAAAACUGCAACACAGUGAUGAAACCUGGACGUCUAUUUUCCCAGAAGUUUCAAAGUUACUUAAUUUAACUUUACAAAGGAUUUAUUUGUAAUAUUUUUUAUUUCCAAUAUUUUUCCAGUGAAUGAGAAGGAGCAAUCUCAACAUUUGAAGAAAUUGUACUUGGAUUUUAAUUAAUUUGAAGGACAAUGUUCCUUAUUUCUGAAAUUUGCUACCGUCUAGAUUUGUGAACAUGAACAACUAAUAUUCUUGGAAGAAAGGAAUGACAUACUGAUAAGUGGAACUGGCUUACUGAACUAUGAACAUUUCAAAUAAUGUGGACCCAAGUGAAGGGAAAGACUAGAUUUAUAAACCAUCUGAGGAUUUACUACAGCUAUAACAAAGGUACAGACUUACUGAGGAAUUUUCUAAUUAUAAAUAAUUAAGUUGUCAUUAUGAUGGCAAAUUCCAAUUGUACUAUUCAAGACUCCUUUAAAUAUACUUUAUAUGGCUGUGUGUUUAGUAUGGUAUUUGUCCUUGGUUUAAUAUCAAACUGUGUUGCUAUUUACAUCUUUACGUGCACACUAAAAAUCAGAAAUGAAACUACAACUUACAUGCUUAAUUUAGCAAUAUCAGAUCUCCUUUUUGUGUUUACAUUACCAUUCAGAAUUUACUCUUUUGCAUCAAAAGACUGGCCAUUUGGAGAUGUUCUAUGCAAGAUUUCUGUCACACUAUUUUAUACAAACAUGUAUGGGAGCAUUUUGUUUUUAACCAGUAUCAGUGUUGACCGUUUUUUAGCAAUUGUAUAUCCAUUUUGGUCAAAGACAAUCAGAACAAAAAGAAAUGCAAAGAUCGUCUGCAUUAUAAUUUGGAUAAUUGUGACAACAGGAAGCAUACCAGCAAGUUUCUUUCAAUCCACCAAUGCCCGUGUUAGUACUGAAGGAUGGACACACAAUACAUGCUUUGAAAACUUUUCUGAAAAAACUUGGAAAACCUAUCUUUCAAGAAUUAUUAUUUUCAUUGAAACUGUAGGCUUUUUUAUUCCUCUCAUACUGAAUGUGACAUGCUCUGCAAUAGUCAUAAGGACAUUAAAUAAGCCAAUUACACUGACCAGGAAUAAAUUAAGUAAAAAAAAAGUUCUACGAAUGAUACUCGUUCACUUACUGAUUUUCUGUUUCUGUUUUGUUCCGUAUAACAUCACCCUAAUAUUUUAUGCUCUCAUGAGAACCCAAGCAUGGAUUAAUUGUUCAAUUGUUACUGCUGUUAGAGUUAUGUAUCCAAUCACUCUGUGUAUUGCUGUUUCAAACUGUUGUUUUGACCCUAUAGUAUAUUAUUUUAUUUCAAGCAGCAUUCAAAAUUCAAUAAAAAUGAAACCAUCAACUAGAAGACAGAGACUUUCUGAAACUCAACUUUCUGAUACUCAAGUUCGAUCCCAAGCAUUAAAAGCAAGAGUACUGGACAUUGAAUCUACUAUAUAAAUGGUGUUGACAGUUAGAAAAUAAACUAUAACUAUUCUUUUUCUACAAAUAUAAAUGGUUAUAUUGAUUUUAAAAGUUGUGAACACUAUUUUUAAUCUGUAAACUGUUGUUUCAUAAAAUUUAUAUUAUCAAAAUGAAAAAUAU